GUCGGUUGUGUCUUCAGUCCUCUCUCAGGCAGCAGAAGGGAGUGGCAUCCUCGAGGUGGAAUUUCACUUCCUGUAUCUCAGGUGAGUCAGUUCGGUAAUGUCGACUCACUGACGUUUUCGACAGAGCUGGAGUAUCGAUUGCUGAGCUGAAAGACUCUGGAGAAGGUGACCUGUUUGUGGAGCUGUUUUUUGGAGGUGUUUUGAGGAGUUUUGUCUUUGAGGAUGUGUUCGCUCUUGGGGCGUUUGGCAGUGUGCUCUUUGCUGCUUGUAUUUUUGGAUCUGUGCUCUGCCCAGGCUACAGGUGAACAAUGCUUAAAUAAAUUCAAAAAGGGCCGGGAUGAUUUUGUUCUCGAUGCCGAUGAGUCUGUGAAAGACGGGGCCACUUUUCUCUCCUCACCUAAACUAACGCGCUACAAGGACUGUGUGGCUGCCUGCUGCAAAGAGCCCAUGUGCAAUGUCGCCUUCAUGCAGACGGGAGACGAAGAGGGCCUCGUCAAGUCCUGCUUCCUAUUCGACUGUUUGUAUAAAAAGAAAUACGUGUGCCGCUUUCUCCGAAAAAAGGGGUACAUCAGCUACAUUCUGGACGCUAUGUAUGAAAGUCAUCUUCAACGGGAGGUCGCACCAGAUGAUUCAGACCUUCCACCAACAGCCAAUGGUGGCUUGGACCUUGUUGUUCAACCUCAGGAAAGUGUGACACUGAAUGGCCUCGAGAGCAAAGACGAUAAGAAGAUCAUCAAAUAUGAGUGGACCCUGCUCACGCCAUACCCAUUUGCUAUAAUAGAGAAAACCAAUUUUGAGGAUCAGAUCAUUGUGUCAAACCUGACUUCUGGAGUGUACAAGUUCCAGUUGACUGUUACGGAUAGUGCGGGUCAGGCGGAUUCGACCCAAGUCACUGUACUGGUCUUAUCUCCUGAACAGUCUGAACACCACUGUAUGGCUCCAAAAAAGGUGGGGCCCUGCCGUGGAUCAUUCCCUCGCUGGCACUACAAUGCUGCUUCAGAAAAGUGUGAAAAGUUCACCUUUGGAGGCUGCAGGGAGAACCGCAACAACUACUUGAGCCAGGACGAAUGCACCAAAGCCUGCUAUGGCACAGAAAAACAUGACAAAUCUGGCCGAGGUUUACCACUGGAUCCUUCUGGAGGUGAACAAUGUGGUCAACCUUGCACUGAAGGGCAGUUUAAAUGUGCAAAUGACUGCUGUAUAGAGAAGGACCUGGAGUGUGAUGGGAGCCCACAGUGCAGGGAUGGCUCUGAUGAACAAAACUGUGAAGACUUGGAUAAAAACUUCAGGAUUCUCCUAGAAAUGCCUCGUGCUGAGAAUGAAGUCCGGUGCACAGAACCCCCUCGCACUGGAAACUGCAGAGACAGUUUCUCUAAAUGGUAUUACAACCCUCUGAGUCAGAACUGCUUCCGCUUCAACUACGGUGGCUGCCAAGGAAAUGAAAACAGAUUUGACACAAAAGAACAGUGCAUGAAAAUGUGCCAAGGGAUAACAGAAAAACACAUGUUUAGCCAGGAAAGUUUUGAACCCAGGGUCUCUGAAAGUCAGACAGGAAUUAUUGCAAUAGCAGCUAUUCUAGGUGUGGGCAUUUUCAUUCUUCUGUGCAUCCUGGUGUACUGCAUGGUCAAAGGAAAGAAGAAGACCGUACAACACCACCGCGUGCCUGUCAACAGCAUCCCAGUCUCUUCAGUGGAGGACAGGGAUCAUUUGGUGUAUAACACCACGACCAAACCCAUCUGACCCCCAGAGCACGACCUUUGAACCCAGCCCUAAUGCUCGGUGCAGCUCUGUCUGGUUAAGAACGAACUCAGAUUGAUGAGGAUUUAAUAGUUCCUGGAGGAGUUCUGUCAUUAUUGCAUUAAUGCAUUAUACUGAUCCUUUUUAUAAGAAGAUGUAAAAGUGAGUUAAGCUUUUAAGUAUGUCUUGUGCUUGAAUUGUGUAUCUUGGCUUAAUGCAGUAGUGUAACACUGAAAAUCGUUUUGUCUCAGGCAAAAUGCAGGAUACAAGUUUAUUAUGGUUAUUGGGGCAAUUGUGUAUGUGAAUUAUAGAAUUUCAAGCUACUGAUGGUUUUAUUGACGUCUACGUGUUUAUUUCUUUGUUGCACACUGCGAUUUGCUAAGCCUUUAUGUAUAUAUUUUAACAAAGUGAUAUUUUAUGUUUUUAAACUGUUGACAAAUACCCAUUAUGCAAUGUACAAAGUGUUUUUCUUAUUAUAAGCUGCCUUGUCGUGCAAACACUUCAGAUAUUUGGACCCUUCAAGCCUUUGUACAUAUGAACUUGUAGAUGAGGAUUGUAGUUAAUAAACUAUUAACCACAAUCUGGUGUCUUGUAAGUUAUGUAAAAGGAAGGACAGGUCUCCAUCUGCAUUUUGUCAGUACUUUGCAUAUUGCAAAUCUAACCAUCUAAAUGCAAAUGGUUUCAGCCACAAUAGGCUGACAUGUUCAUUAAUGUACUAGUAUUAUUUUGUAAAUCUUUAGGCUUUUUGUACUCAGGUUUUAUUGACAAUCUCUUUGGGUUCAAUAGUAAGCAUUUUUCUACUAUUCUGUAACUACAACCUUUACCAUUUUAGAUAAGCAGAAGUUUCCAACUUCCUACAUGAAUUGCUUUGUCUGGGCUUUACGAUUUUCAGAGGACUAGAAGAAAUGACUUGCACUAGGCCAGUUAUUAUGACCACUGUUUUGUUUUGUUGUUUUGUUGUUUUUUUUCCUCUACAAGGCACUGUCAUACAUUUAUAGAGUGCGAUGCAUACUUUUUCCAGCAGGUGGCAAACUUGUUUUAUCAACUACGCCAUUGACGCUUCACAUUGAAUCUAAGAGUUGUAUGAAAAUGAAAACACCUUUAAAUAUAUCAGC